AUGCAGGACGCUCAGGCGCCAGUGGUGUCGCUGGCCUGCGCCUGUGCUGCUGCAGUCCUCUCCCGGCCCCUUUCAGCUGCUCAAAGGGCGGUGCUGGAUGACAAGGCGUUUGGGGCGGCCUGCUCCCUCAGGGUGGCCCUUGCGGUGGAUGGAGGCCGGGGGCAGGGUCUUGCAUUCGUUAGCAGCGAAUUGCGGGGCGCUCAGGACCCCCCCACCUUUUGGGCCACCCCCUCCGAGCGUAGCCUCGUGGGAGGCACGCUUCGGACGGGCCGAACGGGCGCGCUGGAGGGCCCAGCAAUACACCGCCUGGCCGAUCUGAGCCACCUGAACGCAGCAGAAGGCGCCACCUCCUUCCUGUGCAUCCCCAUCCCCGCCCCCGGCGCACCGGCGGCAGCGUGCGCCUCCGCUGCCCUGCUGCUGGCCUACACCUCCACAGCUGCGGCCCCCCAAGAGGAGCUGCGGUUGGCGCUGCUGCUGGCGGCGCAGCUGUCGCGGCGACAUGGAGGGGCACUGCAGGAGCAUGCUGCACGCCUGGAGAGCACUUUCCACCCCACAGAACACUCGCCGUGGGGCCCCGGAAUCGAUGCUCAAUACCCUGAGCUGAGCAGCAGUGCUGACAGCAGCGACGACGAGGACAGCAGCGGCACGGGCGGCGACGAGCACAGCCAUGCCAGCAGCGGCAGCAGCGCUUCCGCUGGCAGUCCCGCCAGCUUGCUCGGCCUCUCACAUCGUGGCGGCAGCAGUAGCGGGGCUGCCAGUUGGGCUAUGAGCGCCAAGACGCUGCGAUUUUCAGACCUGCGUAUGGAGCGCCGCUUCCAGCAUUGGCGCAACGCGCGGCUGGCGCGGGUGGACAUGACGGCACUGCUGUCGCUGCUUGUGUACCAUGGCGCGUGUUGCCUCCUGCCGCCCUUCACUGACUGCCACCCCGGCUGGCUGGCCUCCAGCCUGCUCCCCGCCCUGGCCGUGCUGGCUCCGCUGCUGCUCCUGCUGCUCAACCCAUCCAAGCACUGGUACAGCCGGCACAGGGAUCAGCUGCUCAUCUGCACCUACCUGCUGCUGGCCUGCCACCAUGCCCUUGACCUGGCGGCGCAGCUGGACCAGGCGCCAGAGGGCAUGUGGCGCGUGGUGGUGCUGCGCGUGGAAGCCCUUUGGUGCCUGGUGUUGGGAAUUGUUCUACAGGUGCAGUUUGUGGGCCAGUGCCUGAUGGUGGUGGGCAGCCUGCUGCUCAAGGCGCUGGUGCAGCCAGGAUGCGUGCAGCUGCUGGGUGCAGCGGCGCAGACCUGCUCGCUGGUGGGCCCAGGAGCAGCAGCAGCAGCAAGCGGCUGCUUUUUGGGCGAUUCCGGCAGGUCGUUGCUGCUCAAGGUAGCCAUCCCCUGUGGGCUGGCAUACCACAUUGAGCUGUCGGCCCGCCGCACCUUCUGCCGCAUCUUGGCGGGCACAUCGCACCAGUGACUCUCCACAGCCCUGUGCGCCCGAGCACGGAGCCAGUGAGUAUAUAGCGUGUUUUUAACGAUACUGCCCGUGCCCCUGCUCCAACCGUCGAGCUGCGCACAGCAAACCUGGGCACGCAAUACAUGACCGGAUUGACUUCAAGGUCCUCGUGUUCCUGCUUUCAUCAUUUUUUAAAAAGUCAACCCUCUACGAAUAACUUGCUCCCACUCAAGCCCAUCUUGUUAAACCUAGAUCUUGUAUUACUCCUUGCUAUGCGUUGCUCUCUCCUUCUUCUGUUCUUCAUGCAAAUCAGCGACCGUGCACUGCUUUGCACUGCACGGCCGACCAACAUGCCACCUCUGUCUACAUGCAUGUUGUUCAACGGUUCAAAACGCAGCCCAAGAUCCGAUGUAAGCAGCCUCGUU